UUACUAUGAAAAGCUAGGAAUUUGUAUUAUCACAACACCACAAUUUAUAUACUACAGUAGGUUGUGCAACUUGUUGCGUAAGUCAGCUGUUAUGAUGACUAUAAGAAUGCUGUUAUAUUUUAGUCCAGUCAUUCAAAUUUCUUAUAAAUGCUUGCCAGAUCUUGCAUGCGUGGAAUAACUUCUGAAGCAACGGUUUCAGCACUGAAAAAUAUUCAAAGGACUUCUACUGUGAUGUCUAAAUUUGAUCUGCCAGAUCGUUUGAAGGGAAAUGAUAAAUCAGUAUGGGUCGAAUACAUUCAACUUGCUUUAAAAUAUAAACCACUGAAUUUAGGUCAGGGAUUCCCAGAUUUUUACGCUCCCGACAAUGUAAGAAAGGCUUUAGCUGAUGCUACUACCAGUGACAAUCCUCUUUUAAAUCAGUAUACCAGAGGAUUUGGCCACCCACGCUUAGUAAAUAUUAUCGCCAAAUUGUAUUCAAAGCUUUUAAAUCGCACUUUAGAUCCAAAUAAUGAAGUUAUUGUUACUUGCGGUGCGUACGAAGCAUUAUAUGCUACAUUACAAGGUCAUACCAAUCCUGGCGACGAAUGGAUAAUUAUUGAACCCUUUUUUGAUUGCUAUGUACCGAUGGUUAAAAGCGCUGGCGGAAUUCCUAGAUUUAUUGCUUUAAAACCAAAAAAUACAAAUGGACCUUUAAGUUCAGCAGAUUGGGUGUUUGAUAAACAAGAAUUAGAAAGUCUCUUCAAUGAAAAAACCAAAGGAAUAAUUGUUAAUACUCCACAUAAUCCUGUAGGAAAAGUUUUUACUCUAGAUGAAUUACAGUUUAUUGCUAACUUAGCUAAGAAAUGGGAUACUCUAGUUGUGUCGGAUGAAGUGUAUGAAUGGAUUGUUUACGAACCAUACAAACACAUUAGGAUUGCAACAUUACCUGGCAUGUACGAACGUACAAUUACCAUUGGAUCUGCUGGCAAAACAUUCAGUGUCACUGGGUGGAAAAUAGGAUGGGCCUAUGCUCCAGCAAAUUUACUGGUCAAUUUACAAGUUGUUCAUCAAAAUUCUGUGUAUACAUGUGCGACACCGAUUCAAGAAGCGGUAGCUGUUGCAUUCGAGCAAGAGUUAGACAGAUUUGGCAAACCAGACUGCUACUUUACGAGUUUAGCUAAGGAACUGGAACCAAAACGGGAUUUUAUGGUAAAAUUUCUAAAUGACGCAGGAAUGACUCCAACAAUACCUGAAGGUGGAUAUUUUAUAGUAGCCAAUUGGACUGCUCUGAAAGAUAAAGUCAAAUUAGAGGAAGAAACGGAUGAAUAUAAAGAUUAUCGGUUUACAAAAUGGAUGACGAAAAAUGUCGGAAUUCAAGGAAUUCCACCAUCCGCAUUUUAUAGCGAUGAACACAAGCAUUUAGGAGAGGAUAACGUACGAUACUGCUUUAUUAAGAAAGACGAAAAUUUGAAAAAAGCAGCGGAAAUUUUAGAAAAAUGGAAAUCUCAAUAGUAAUUACAAUCUUUUCACAUUGGAGGCUUUUAAAAUGAAGAAACUGAUUUUAACUAACGGGUAUUAUUUUGGUGACAUAUUGUGCCAUGCAUUCCUUAAGAGAUUAAUUAUGAUUCAACACUGUAUAUACUUUUCUCAUUUCUGCUUUUUAUACACAAAAAUAUUACAGUAAUUGUUACACAAUGGACGAAACUGUUGAGUCCAGGUAUAGGAUAUUGUACGAUAUAUUCUACGCCGAGAAGUCACCACGAAGCCAUCUUUUUGCAUCUUUAGUGUCAGCUCCAAAGGUUUUACCAAAUCUGUAUACAACGAAUUGUAGAAAUAAAACGCUUUACAUUUUUUCAAAUCA